AUGGCAACUCGCAUCCGCAUCUGCGCCGCCCGCGACCAGCCCACGAACCCAAACCACGUCACGCUGCAAUAUACCCUCCUCCACAGCAACGGGCAGGCUGCCCGGUCGCACAGCCACCGCACCGCCGCGCUCACGGUUCCCGUUCCUCACUCUUUCAUCACCAACGAAAUCAGCUGGUACCUCGAGGACUACGCACAGAAGCAGCCAUUCGAGGGCGGCCGCGCGGCCGACGCGCGCGACGCCCUGCGCGAGCAUGCGCGGGACCUGGCCUUCUGGCUGCACACGUCCGGCGUCGUGCCAGAUGUGGCCGCCCUUCACGGCGCCCUGGUGCUCGAGGUCGUCGAGGACGGUAGCAUGCCGGAGCGGUUGCUUUGGGAAGUGUUGGAGCAUCGAGAGGCGGUGCCGGCGCUUGCGGCACUGGAUUCCGUCAUUGUGAAUCGUGUGUUUGGGAGCGACGAGGACGACGAUCGAGACGAUGAUGCCCACGCUAGUGCCGAGGAUCUGAAAGAGUGGCCGCCCAAGUUCAACCUGCUGAUUGUGUCGUCGCGACUGAACUUCGAGUCGGACAUUCCGCACAGGCUCGUGGUAGAUGCUGUGCUGGAGAUGCGGAAUGAAGUGGCGAAUAUCAUGAAGGGUAUGGAGAUUGGUGGCGAGCAGCUGGAUUUCUCAAAGCUCUUCAGAGUAGAGGUCAUCAAUCCGGCUACCUUCAAGGCGUUUCAGGCCCAUUUAGAGAGCAGGGGAUCUGGAUAUUUCAGACUCGUGCAUCUGGAUGUUCAUGGAAUCGAAGAUGCCGGAAGUGUAAAACUCGGUUUUAUGAGGCUUGAGGACAUUGACGGAUCCCUCGAAUGCGUGCCUGACGACCGCUCGGCAGAAGAGGUUGCAGCGCUGCUCCAGCGCUACGACGUCAAACCGGUCGUGCUUAACGCCUGCCGCUCGGCCAAAGACUUCGGCACGGGCACUGCGAUACCGCGACUGCUGCACGAGCAUGGCGUCGAAGAGGUCGUCGCCAUGUCCCACAAUAUCUCGUCGCGCGGCGUCCUGUACUUUGUCAGCCUCCUCUACUUCACCAUGUUCUGCGGCUGCUCGCUGCAGUUCGGGGUGUGGUAUGCUCGGCGCGUGAUGCUGCGCAACAGCGAGCGCUUGUCGCACGUCGGCACGGAGCUCGAGAUCAUGGAUCACAUCGUGCCGCGAUACUACAGAGCGACGCGCUGCGCGGGCGGUGUGAGUGACUUCCUUGACGAGCUGCAGCGCCAGUUUCCCGAGUUCCCUACGAUUGAUGAGAAGCCGCAUAACCUGGUGGUGUCGAGCUUCGGCCGCGAUCAUGACUUACUGAAGCUGGCAUGUCUGUUACUGGAAGGUGACCGAGCGGUAAUGGUGGUUGGCGAACCGGGAAUCGGCAAGUCGCUUCUCCUCUCAAAUCUCAUGAAUUGGUGGGAGAUGAUCGGGUGUGUAGAAGGAGCUCAUCUCGUGCAAUUGUCGCAAGAGAAGAGCUUUUCAAUAGAGAAAUUAGGCGGCGAUCUGCAUCGCAAAUUGAAUCUGCCGGGCCCAUACUCGGAUUUAGAGGUGUUGAUAACCGCUUUACGGAACAAGAAAUAUCUCCUUGUCAUAGACAGCUUGGAGUCUUUGGGCGUUCCGGAGACAACCACUGUGAGAGACCAACGGCGCCGUAUUCGCGACUUCGUGAAGGGUCUGCAGGGAGGCAAGACGGUGGUCGCCAUUGCUUCACGUCAGCAAGAUCCCCUUCUCGACAAACACACGCGACCCUUCCACGUUGGUGGUCUCCAAACGCUGCCCGCCGUCCAGCUCAUGCGAUGGCUGCUGAAGAUGAGCCAGACGCUAGCUCUCCAGGCCAGGGAGAAGGACUCAUUCGCCGGGAAACUCGUCGCUGCGACAUUGGCCAAACUCGGCUUGGAUCCCGACAGCGAAGAAGCUAAGCAGAUCCAUGAGGCCAUCCCUUGGGACGAGAAAGUGGUUCAGUCCCAGUUUGCGACCUGGGAGACGGAAGAGGACGCCGUGUACCUUGAAGAGAUUCACAAGCUGGUUGAUGGGCAUCCGCUCGCCUUGACCCAGCUCACAAAUUACCUGAUUCUCCUAGGGCCAUCGGUAACUCCAAAAGAAUACUUCCAUGGGCUUCUUCAGGGAAACCCAAUGUCGAUCCACCCGGAACUCAGCCCGGACGAAUUUCUAGCGGAGCAAUGA